GGGUGUAUCAAAAUCUUCCUCCACACUUGCCUUUACACAACCUCUCAGCCAACUCAGCUUUGUCUCCUCUCAAAAUAUCCUCCGCCCGUCAGAUCACGAUGUCUGAACCCAUCAGGAAUAAGAAGGCAGAUAUUCCGAUCGCGCCGACACCGCAGAACACGCCAGCUAACAAUGCUCCCAUCUCCUCUCAUGCCCAGCAACCUGGUAUUGCUAGCAUCAAAGAAGAGUCCCUUGACCAUGCUACGGCGGCUUCCCUUUUCGCACGUAACCCUGGUUUAGUUUCCAUGAUUCAAGGGAAGUUAGGUUCUCUUGUCGGCCGCUCUUCAGGCUAUAUUGAGUCCCUGCCCGUGUCGGUCCGCCGGCGAGUUGCUGGGCUCAAGGGCAUCCAAAAGGAGCAUGCUAAACUGGAAGCUCAGUUUCAAGAGGAAGUUUUGGAGCUUGAGAAGAAGUAUUUCGCCAAAUUUACCCCCCUCUAUCAGAGGCGUGCCACAAUUGUCAACGGAACCACGGAACCCACUGACUCGGAAGUCACAAAUGGCCGCGACGAAGAAGAAGAUGCCGACGUGGAAGGCGAAGCUAGCAAAGAUGAGGCUGAUGAGUCAACAACAGCUGGAAUCCCUGAGUUCUGGCUAUCAGCUAUGAAAAAUCAAAUUUCCCUUGCCGACAUGAUCACUGAACGCGAUGAAGAGGCCCUGAAGUAUCUCACUGAUAUUCGGAUGGAAUAUCUCGACCGCCCCGGAUUUCGACUAAUUUUUGAAUUCUCUGAGAAUCCUUUUUUUACGAACAAAUCCGUCUCCAAAACCUACUACUACAAGGAAGAGAAUGGAUACGGCGGUGACUUUAUUUACGACCAUGCGGAGGGCACCAAGAUCGACUGGAAGGCAGAUAAGGAUCUUACCGUCCGGGUCGAGAGUAAGAAGCAGAGGAAUAAGAACACCAAACAGACCCGUGUUGUCAAGAUUACCGUUCCCACGGAGUCUUUCUUCAACUUCUUCUCACCCCCGCAGCCCCCGACUGACGAUGACGACACUGUCGCUACCGACAUCGAGGAGCGCCUCGAACUUGACUAUCAGCUCGGCGAAGACAUCAAGGAAAAGCUCAUUCCUAGAGCAAUCGAUUGGUUCACUGGAGAGGCUCUCCAGUUCGAGGAACUAGGUGACGACAUGGAUGAGGAUGAGUUCGAUCUAGAGGAUGAUGAAGACGAUGAAGAGGAGGACGAUGAUGAUGAUGAUGACCGGGGAACUGACCGUGAUGUCGACGAGGAUUCAGAGGAAGACGACGGUACUUCUAAGCCGAAGAAAGAGGCAGCCGAAUGCAAACAAAGCUGAGCAGGGUGGCUUGAUUUGACGCAGCCUUGAAAAAUACAUCUCAGCCAUGACAGGUCUUUCACGCGCUUGAUCGUGACAGCUGUUUUCUGUUCCGCCUCUGUGCUUCCCUUUCAAUUUUUAAUAUUGCCUCAGAUUGUUUCUCCUAUUAGUUGUUUCUUACUCCUAAUCUCUUUUCCAUGUCUAUGCACCAGCAAAGUAUUCGGAUACAAGCGUACUCACAAGUCGAAAGUUCACGGAUGUACGGAGACUUGUACCUCCUGAUGGGCAAGUCUCUGACAAUUUUCGCCCUUUGAAUAAAGACGGUGUUUGUGGCCUUUGUUAGAUCACUCGGCUCGGGCAAUCAGGUGUAUACAGUUUAAACCGGGCCCUUUGGUCAUCCUGUAUUCGCAAUCACCAUAGGGUAGUAAGUAGCAUCUGGGAGAAUAUGUACGCAGAAAAAUAC